GUCGAGGGGGUUCGCUGCCUGCCGGCCGGGCUGCCUCCAAAAGAUCAUGUCGUGGCUCUUCGGGCUGAACCGCGGCGGCGGCGGCGGCGGGGGGGACCCGGGUCCUGGAGCCGGGCUCCCCCCGCUGCCUCCUCCGCCCGGCGGGGGACCGAAAGAUGGGACGGGCGAGGGGGGCCGCCCCAAGGACAAAUGGAGCAACUUCGAUCCCACUGGGCUGGAGCGCGCUGCCAAGGCCGCCCGAGAGCUCGACACUUCCCGACAUGCCAAAGAGGCCCUAAAUUUGGCUCAGUUGCAGGAACAGACACUACAGCUGGAACAGCAGUCUAAACUAAAGGAAUAUGAAGCUGCCAUAGAACAGUUGAAGAACGAACAGGUCCGGAUACAAGCAGAAGAGAGGAGGAAAACCCUCAGUGAAGAGACACGGCAGCAACAAGCGAGAGCCCAGUACCAGGACAAAUUAGCUCGGCAACGUUACGAGGACCAGUUACGACAACAGCAACUCCUUAACGAAGAGAAUUUAAGGAAGCAAGAAGAAUCAGUUCAGAAGCAGGAAGCCAUGAGGAGAGCAACGGUGGAGCGCGAGAUGGAACUGCGGCACAAGAGCGAGAUGCUGCGGAUCGAGGCCGAAGCCCAGGCUCGCGCCAGGGCUGAGCGGGAGAACGCGGAUCUCAUCCGGGAACAAAUACGGCUAAAAGCAGCCGAGCACCGUCAGACUGUGUUGGAUUCCCUCAAAACAGCUGGGACUCUUUUUGGGGAAGGUUUCCGUGCCUUUGUUACCGAUUGGGAUAAAGUAACAGCCACGGUGGCCGGAUUGACUCUUCUGGCCCUUGGCAUCUACAGUGCCAAAAACGCCACCGCUGUGGCUGGGCGGUACAUUGAGGCUCGGCUGGGCAAGCCCUCUUUGGUGCGGGAGACCUCCCGUAUCACCCUGCUGGAAGCGCUCAAGCAUCCCAUCCAGGUUGGGAAGCGGCUGACCAGCAGAGCCCAAGACGCUCUCGAAGGGGUCGUCCUCAGUCCGAAGCUGGAGGAGCGGGUGCGAGACAUAGCCAUCGCAACAUGGAACACAAGGAAUAACAGAAGCCUAUAUCGGAAUAUCCUCAUGUACGGGCCCCCGGGGACUGGGAAGACCCUUUUUGCUAAGAAACUAGCCAUGCAUUCUGGCAUGGAUUAUGCCAUCAUGACUGGUGGCGAUGUUGCCCCUAUGGGGCGCGAAGGUGUGACUGCCAUGCACAAGGUCUUUGACUGGGCCAACACAAGUCGGAGAGGCCUCUUGCUGUUUGUGGAUGAAGCUGACGCAUUCCUGCGGAAAAGAGCAACGGAAAAGAUCAGCGAGGACCUACGAGCGACGCUCAACGCUUUCCUUCAUCGGACAGGGCAGCACAGCAACAAGUUCAUGCUCGUCUUAGCGAGCAAUCAGCCAGAGCAGUUUGACUGGGCAAUCAACGACCGGAUUGAUGAGAUGGUCCACUUCAAGUUGCCAGGUUUAGAAGAGCGGGAGAGAUUGGUCCGGAUGUAUUUCGACAAGCACGUCCUCCAGCCAGCCACUGAGGGCAAACAGCGCUUAAAACUGGCCCAGUUUGAUUAUGGAAAGAAGUGCUCGGAAAUUGCCAAGCUGACAGAAGGCAUGUCCGGGCGGGAGAUCUCACAGCUUGCGGUGGCUUGGCAGGCCGCAGCCUACGCCUCGGAGGAUGGCGUCUUGACGGAAGCCAUGAUAGAUAGCCGGGUAGCAGAUGCAGUUCAGCAGCACAGACAGAAGAUGGAGUGGCUAAAAGCUGAAGGCAUGGAGGCAGGCAAGAACCAUCCACUGCCACUUUCGCUGGGGAAGAUUGCAUGAAGGGGCCCGGAGAGAGGCAGAGAGACCCCAGACCUUUGGGUGGGAUUUGGAGAGGAAGGGAAGAGACAGCUCAUCCCAGAGGCCUCAUGUCACUGGAAUCAUGUGGAGGAGAGCACAAAAUGUCCCGCUGCUUGAAGGAGGCUGAGCUUCUGAGUUCAGGAACCAUUUUCUUGAUAUUUUUUUUUAAAGGGGGACACUUGAAAUAACUAUGGGCAUGUGGGUCUGUAUCACACAAACCAAUAUAUUAAAAGAGAAUUCCCUUGGCAAAGGACAGCCAACCCUGA